CCGGUGUCACCGUCACCGCCACCACCACCAUCGCCGCGCACCGGGCCGGAGCGCGCCGCGCCGGGUGAUCUUGAGUUCUUCUUAACUUGCUAGUGCUCAGCCUCCUCAUGCCUCCGUCUCCUCUAGACGACAGGGUAGUAGUGGCACUUUCGAGGCCAGUGAGACCUCAGGAUCUCAACCUCUGUUUAGACUCUAGCUAUCUUGAGUCUGCCUCUUCUGCCGGUGAGAGCCACUCCAGUCUGCUCGGCGCAGCUGUUGUGUCCCUAAAGACUGCUAAUCUCACGUAUAUGCCCUCAUCCAACGGCUCUGCACGCUCCCUGAGUUGUGGAUGCAGCAGUGCCAGUUGCUGCACUGUGGCAACGUACGACAAGGACACUCAGGCCCAAACUCAAGCGAGCACCAGCAGCACCCACGCCGGAGCCUCCACCGCCUGCCCUGCCAACCAAAUGGUCAACAGCAAUGAGAAUGCCGGCAGCCUGAGCCCGCUGGGCGGGGUGGGGAGCCCUGUCUCGGGCACCACCAAGCAACUCACUAGCAUCAAAAUCAUUUACCCCAAUGAUCUGGCCAAGAAGAUGACCAAAUGCAGCAAGAGCCACCAACAGAACCAAGGACCUGUCAUCAUUGACUGCAGGCCCUUCAUGGAGUAUAAUAAGAGCCACAUUCAAGGGGCUGUCCACAUUAACUGUUCUGACAAGAUCAGCCGGAGAAGGCUCCAGCAGGGCAAGAUCACUGUCUUGGACUUGAUCUCCUGCCGGGAAGGCAAAGACUCCUUCAAGAGAAUAUUUUCCAAAGAAAUCAUAGUUUAUGAUGAGAAUACCAAUGAGCCAAGCAGAGUAAUGCCUUCCCAGCCACUCCACAUAGUGCUAGAGUCACUCAAGCGAGAAGGCAAGGAGCCCCUAGUCCUAAAAGGAGGACUCAGCGGUUUCAAGCAGAACCACGAAAACCUCUGCGAUAACUCCCUCCAGCUGCAAGAGUGCCCGGAGGGGGGAGGAGGGGGCGGUGCCUCCGCUGUGCCCCCCAUGCUACCUCAGUCCAUCCCCACCACGCCAGACAUCGAGAACGCUGAGCUCACCCCCAUCCUGCCCUUCCUCUUCCUCGGAAAUGAGCAUGAUGCUCAGGACUUGGAGAAAAUGCAGAGGAUGAACAUAGGCUACGUAAUUAAUGUGACCACCCACCUGCCCCUGUACCAUUACGAGAAAGGCAUGUUCAACUACAAGCGGCUCCCGGCCACUGACAGCAACAAGCAGAAUCUCAGGCAGUAUUUUGAAGAGGCUUUUGAGUUCAUCGAGGAAGCUCAUCAGUGUGGGAAAGGUCUCCUCAUCCACUGCCAAGCUGGUGUCUCCCGAUCUGCCACCAUAGUUAUCGCUUACUUAAUGAAGCACACACGCAUGACCAUGACGGAUGCCUAUAAAUUUGUAAAAGGCAAACGACCAAUCAUUUCCCCUAACCUUAACUUUAUGGGGCAGUUACUGGAGUUCGAAGAAGAUCUAAACAACGGCGUCACACCACGAAUCCUCACACCAAAGUUGAUCGGCGUAGAGACUGUCGUGUGACGGCAAAGCUGUGAGGUGGCGGUCAAUGAAGGGGUUAACCUAUUCUUCACCUGAUUCGGGGCAGUGAUGGGUGGCUUGUGGGUUUUUCUUUUUAGCUUUCAAGGGGAGUUUUGUGGCGAACUUUUUGUGAAUAAAAACCUUUUUUGUAAGGAAAGGUUUUUAAAAGAUCCAAGAACUUUGCUGGGUUUGGGAUGCUGUUGUGAUUUCCUUCUCAGACACCGGCAGAGCAGGGAGGCUUCAGAGCAAACGGAGUACUUUUUAAAAUCAAAACAAGAAGAAGAAGAAGAAGAAGAAGAAGAAAUAUUGGGCUUUUUUUCUUUUAAUUUUUAUUUUUCCCACCUCUCCAGCUACUUGUAGAGUUUAUGGCUAAGUAGUCUGUGCAGGUUCAUAGACUGAAGAAACCUAAGUUGAAGACAAAACACAAACAGCCAAAACAAAGCAGAAAAAACCCUCCCUGAAACAUAAGGGCCUUCAUUCUGCAAAGGCUUUGCUAAAGAUAACCUAGCAAAAUGCUCACCAAUGCAAAGGAAAUCAGAGCAGCUUAAAAAGUCUGCAAGGCACUUUUCACACUCCUGACUCAAACUAAAGAAGAAAAAAAGUUUAUUUGGCGUGUUUCAUGUUCCAGUUCUAUUUUUCUAUUUUGGGGUGUAAGGUUUUAACAGUAAGGGACUUCGAUCAUUCUAUGCCAUAUGCCUUCACUGGCUUCUUGUGCAAUAAUAAUUUGGGCUUUGAUUUGAGUGUUCAAACCAAUUAGAGUUGGCUGCCCACUAAUAAUAAUUUUUAGUCUAAUAGUGCAACAGCAGCCAGCUUGGUUCAGAAAGGAUAAAUGAGAGCAAUUAUUUCGUUCCUUUAUAUGAUUUUGAUCCUGGUUACAGUGCCAUAAACCUUGUUACAUAUGUAUAUCAGAAUGUACAAAAAUCGAGAAGUUUAUUUAAAAAUAUUUUUCGCACAAAAUAUUGGUGUGUUCAGUUGUCUAUGUAAAAAAAUUUGAUUAUAAAAGAAAAAAUCUUUUGGAAAA